CAAUGACUCAGAGACCAGCUCUGUUUCCCACACCGACCACCUGCUAGCUUUUAUUUCUAAUUUCUCUCUGCCACUGUUGAGGAGCAGCACUCACCAUGAAGCACAGGACGGUGGUGAUGUACAUGGAGAUCGGCUGCUUCGUGUCCUGCCUGUGCGGCUGGAUCCUGGUGUGCUCCACUCUCCCCACGGAGUACUGGACCUUCUCCGAGGUGGGAAGCAUCGUGCUGACCACCUCCAACUACUACUCCAACCUGUGGAAGGACUGCAUCUCUGACACCACGGGGGUGUCCGACUGCAAGGACUACCCCUCCUUGCUGGCCCUGCCGGUGUUCCUGCACGCCUGCAGAGCGCUGGCCGUCUGCGCCGUCAUCACCGGCUUCUUCGGAGGCGUCCUGACGCUCAUCGGGAUGAAGUGCACCAAAAUAGGCGGCUCGGAGAUCGCCAACGCCAGGGUGACGUUUGCUGGCGGCAUAACCUACCUGGUGUCAGGAUUCUGUGGCAUGAUCACCUACUCGUGGUGGGCCAACAGAGUCAUCACCGAGUUCGUGGAUCCAAAUUUCAGGGCACAGAAAUUUGAACUGGGAGCUGCUGUUUUCAUUGGCUGGGGAGGCUCCCUGCUGCUCAUCUCAGGAGGGACGGUGCUGAGCUCCUUCGCUGGAAAAGAAGGUCUCCCAUCAAGUUCCCCAGACAGGCCACGCAGGCCGGUCUCCUACGCCACCGCCCGAACCAAACGGACCUACAUGAUGCCGGCCUCGGCCUCCAGAGUCACUCUGGUGCCGCCUCUGUUCUACGAAGGCAGGAGGAGCCGAGCAACCAGAGCGACGACGAGAACCGGAAGAACCGGAAGAACCUUCAGCAGGGACAGCUUCGUCUGAGCUGGAGGGAACUCAGAGUUUGACAUUUUAGGGAACACGUGAAUUCUUGCUGAAAAGGAAAUGAGAAGAUGGGCACCACUCUCAUGUCAAUAUGGAUCUGAGUAACUUAGCUUAGCAUAAACACUGGAAGCUAAAUUGGCUGUCAGGUGGCUUUUGUUUGGUAGCCGUUUUCCCCUUGUUUCUAGUCCUAAUGCUAAGCUAACUAGCUAGCUCUUAAUGUUGAGUUGAUGGUGAGUUAUGAGAGUUGUACCCUCUUUUUAACUUGCUGCAAGAAAGCAAAUAAGUGAACUUCUGGAAACUCUCUUUUGUGAAUUCUGUUCAAGAUUUGGCUCCUAAAUGCAAAACAAGAUUUGUGUUGUUUGAAUUUUGUGAGAUUUUGUAUUUACACAGUUUUUUGUCUUAUCAGGAAGCAUCCACUGACUAUUGACUCUUUGCUUCUUGUCUGUAUGUUUUGUUCUUUGGAAGCAGUGAGGUUUAGUAUAAAGUGAACACAUGAACUCUAUUAGAAUAAGUGAACACUUAAUACUUGUUUACAGAUGUGUUGGGUAACAUGAGGCUCAUUAGACGUUUCCAGGUAUCUUCAUCAGGGUGUUGUUAUAACUUUCAACAAUAUAAACUGGAUUAACAUUAAUUCAAAACAAAAUAUUCAAAGUAAUAUAUAAUAUAUUCUGUACUGCAUCUUUUAACAUGUAUGAUUAAUUAGUUUGUACUUCUGUAAAAUGAUUUUGAUGAUUUCUUGUGUAUUCAGUUAAAAAAAAAAGUAAACUGGUUCAGU